GUCGGCCCCCAGCGGAUUGAACCGUCCCGUCAUUCCUCGCGUGGCCAACGGCUUUCUACCGACUGCUCAUUGAAUUACAGUCCGCAGCUUGUUCGGCUCGGUUUUACGGAGUGAUCCGCGGAGAUCCGGGCCAUACCGACCCAACAAACACCGCCACACCGUCCGGGCUUCUGCUUGUCGUCCGGCGUGCCGCUCCUGGACUCGCUGGCUGAAUAUUGUCGGGGAAGAACGGCAGAGCUAGUACCCAGCGAUGAUGGAGCUGGAGUCGGCCUGUAGCCGAGGCGACCCGGGGACUCCCGGGGACUCGCUUCAGCCGCAGACACCGAGCCGGCACGAGAAGAGCCUGGGCCUGCUCACCACCAAGUUUGUGACCCUGCUGCAGGAGGCGAAGGACGGGGUCCUGGACCUGAAGGCGGCUGCAGACACUCUGGCCGUACGGCAGAAACGACGCAUCUAUGACAUCACUAACGUCCUGGAGGGAAUCGGUCUGAUCGAGAAGAAGUCCAAGAACAGCAUCCAGUGGAAGGGCGUGGGACCAGGCUGCAACACCAGGGAGAUUGCAGACAAGCUGAUGGAGCUGAAGGCCGAGCUGGACGAUCUGGCGCUGCGGGAGAACGAGCUGGACCAGCAGAAGGUCUGGGUCCAGCAGAGCAUCAAGAACGUCACCGACGACUCCGGGAACAGCCCGAUGGCCUACGUAAAGCACGAAGACCUCUGUGGAGCGUUUAAAGGGGACACUCUGCUGGCCAUCCGGGCCCCCAUUGGGACGCAGCUGGAGGUUCCUGUACCAGAACUCGUCCUUAAUGGACAGAGGAAGUACCAGAUCCGUCUGAAGAGUACCUCUGGACCCAUCGAGGUUCUCCUGGUCAAUAAGGACCCGUCCAGCGCCACUCCGGUGGUUCUGCCCGUCCCGCCUCCUGAUGACAUCCUGCACAGCCUGCCGGCGCCGACGGCGACCCAGACGACCCCCCAGGCUCCAAAGCUCUGCAAGCCGCAUCCAGCCAUAAAACCAGCCACAGCAACGCCGGGCGCCGCAGCAACGCCGGGCGCCGCAGCAACGCCGGGCGCCGCAGCAACGCCGGGCGCCGCAGCUGCAGAUGCAAGCGCUCAGCUCAGCGCUGCGGCAGACUGUGCUGCACCGGUUCCGCAGCAGCUGCAGUCCUCCGCCUCCCUGGACGGUUCUGCUUCCUCGGCCGGGUUUCAGCCCGUCAAGUCGGAUCCAUCUGAGCUUUUGGAUUUUCCCAAAGAGCUUUCUGAAAUGUUUGACCCGACUAAAGAGAUGAUGCCUGGAGACCUGCUGGAGGACCUGAUGUCGUCAGAAGUGUUCUCGCCUCUCCUCCGCCUGUCACCUCCGCCCAGCGACCACGACUACAUCUACAACCUGGACGAGACCGAGGGCCUCUGUGACCUGUUCGACGUCCCCAUCCUUAACCUCUGACCCCGUCUGGCCCGCCUUCAGCCUUCAGUCCUGCGGCGCUGCUGCGGCCUCCAUCAGCGCCUCCUUCAGCUCCAUGUACAGAAAACAGCCGGAAACUUUGAGCUUUUUCAAGGAAAAAGAGUCAAAACUAUAUUUUUUGCAUUGUUGUGUACAAAGACUGAUGUGUGUGUGUGUGUGUGUGUGUGUGUGUGUGUGUGUGUGUGUGUGUGUGUGUGUGUGUGUGGACCUUUUGUACUGAAGAAUCUCAGAGCGUCUCCUGGGAACCAGAAGAUCCGGGUUCUGGGCCCGAACCGGCCUGGUCCUCCUUGUACAUAGAGAAUAUAUAUUUUGUGAUAGCGGCGAACGAUGCUUUAUCAUUUCUGCAGUUGGAACAUAGAAAGUGACAAACUGUUCCCAGGAAUCAUGCAGCUUGGUCUCAGUCCAGUCCUCCCAGUCUUCCCAUUUUAACCAGUCAAAUGUUAGUUGCAAGUCAAACAGAAGAAAUUCAUGUAAAAAUGUGAUCAGAUUAAAAUGACUGGGUUUUAAGGUUCUGUAAGGGAUUUUAAAAUGAUUUUUGAAGCCUCCAGGGUAAUGUUGAGCAGAAUAAUGAUAAAUAUAAAGUUUUAACGCUGACCUUUCAUCUCUGUAUGUUUCUGUCUCGUCCAUAAACUCUUUUAAAUCUG